AUGGAGGAAGAGGAGGAAGAAGAAGAAGACACGUUCGAGGAUGCCGUGUGCACCACGACACCCGCCAGAGUGAACAACACGCCUUUGUCGGUUAUCACCGAGGCGUUCGAAGAUCUAGCGGAUCUGCUGAAACCAGCCGGAUCAAUAAUUCAAGAGGACGGAUUAAGGCUUGAUGCUUUCUGCAAUGCGUGCACUCACGUCUCUGUUCUCUUCAGCUGCCUCGGAUUCGCCUUCAAAUUCGCUGAAAUGGAGUACGUCUCCAAGGUUAAGGAUUUGGUGGAAGCCUCGAAAACGUUCGACACGUUACAGAACAUAUUGGAUCUAGACGUGGAGAAAGACACGGUCAAAACACCAGGAAGCCAUUCGCGUAACCUAAGACGCGUGAGACAAGGCUUAGAUCUAAUCCGAGCAAUCUUCGAACAGUUCUUGAUGACAGAUGAAUAUUCUUUGAAAGACGCUGCGACAACAGCUUACACAGAAGUCUGCGCACCGUUUCAUACAUGGGCCGUUAGAACCGCUGUUUACGCCGGAAUGUAUACACUUCCGACGAGGGAUCAACUUCUGUUACGGCUUAACGAAACGGAUCAAUCUGUUGAGAAGAACAUGAGGAGGUACAUGGAAGCGUCACGUCCGAUCAUAGAGUAUAUUGAUAAACUUUACAUUGAAAGGGAUAUUAAAUUGGACUGGUAA